AUGGAGAAAAAGAUGGAGGAAUUACUAGAGAAAUACAAUAGGUCUGCAAGAAAGGCUACAGGCUUAAGGUAUGAUGAUCUGUGGAUGCAUCAGGAUCUGGAUUUACCGAAAGGAUUCAAGAUCCUAAAAUUUGAGAUGUUCAAUGGAGUAGGGAAUCCCAAGGCACACCUCCGAUCCUACUAUAACCAAUUGGUUGGAGUAAAAAAAAAUGAGCCUCUGAUAAUGCGACUGUUUAGUCGUAGCCUUACUGGAGAAGCCGCUGAAUGGUUCGCAACUCAAGAUAUGCGUCAGUGGCACACCUGGGAGGACAUGGCAGAAUCCUUCAUGGAAUGGUUUCGCUUAACCGUCGAAACAGUGCCAGACCACUAUUAUCUUGAAAAGGUCAAGCAGAAAUCAAUAGAAAACUACAGGGAAUUUUUCAGUAGGUGGAGGGCCGAGGCUGCCCGUGUGCAGCCUUCAAUGUGUGAAGGAGAGCUAGUCUCUGUGUUCAUCAGGUCCAAAGAACCUGAUUUCUACUACAGAAUGCUAUCCAUUGCCGAAAGACCGUUUGCUGAAUUGGUCAAAAUAGGAGAGCUAUAG